UGCCUACGUCAUCACAAGACCCCGCCCACUCGCGACUUAUCCAAAUACUGUUUAUAUACGGUAUGUUUCUUAUUUUGGUUUUAAGGAGUUAUUUCGUGGAUGUUUUCUCUAUUCUCGUCAAAUACGUUCACUCGUGUGUGCGUGUGCGUGAUUUAGCAGAUCACACUGGCAGUGAACGCGAAGCAAGUCGGCCGCUUCUUGUGUGCUAGAUCGUUGCAAAGCUGGCUCAGUUUUCUCCACAGCGAUGGUCAUUUGUGUGGAGGAGGUGUCCGCGUCCCUCGUGCGGGAAUAUCUGAGCAGAAAGGGACUCAAGAAGACGAUCGCGUGCAUGGAUGAAGAGCGUCCACGCACACAGUCCAGCAUCAACAACAGAUCCCACUUGAGACAAGUUCUGCACAUUGAGGAUCUGUACAGAGCAAAUAAGGCUCAGAGUUCACCUUUGAGGACUUUACUGGAAAUCAUUGUCAAGCAUCACGUUGAAGGUCACAAAGAUGACCCGAUGGCCUGUGAAGGCAACGACAGCUCACUCUGUCUUCUUCCUGCAAAAACUCCGUCGCAAAUGAACGAAAGCAACUCAGAUCACAGUUCAGCGUCUUUUGUUUCUGGUGACCACAUCAAAUUAAGGUCACAUGACAAGGAAGCAUCCUCGCCUCCACGGGUGGUACUGUCACUUGAUAGACAGGGAAUUAUGAACCACAGUGAAACUAGGACGUGGUUGAAUGCCUCAGUAGAUGAAACCCGCCAGUGUAGGAUGACGUCUCUACAUGAUCACGAUCGCCUUACUGAAGCUGUAAACAAUUCUCCCGUCAAUGAAGUCAGUCAAAGGAGCCGACCCAGUCGGGUUCGACGCGGUAUCUUGGCGGGACCGAUAUCCAGCACCCUUCAGGAGUCAACCAAACAACGGCAGAGUCGAAAGGUUGUCACCCCUCAGCUGCCGUUCAGGAAAGAAGAGGAACCCAGACAGUCUUGGGAUAGACUGUCAGGGAAAAGUUUCCAACAAAAUGUCUUGAAAAAAUCCCAAAGUGAUGCUACAGAGGGAGUGAAGAGCUUGGAGGAAGAGGGAGAAGGCAGAUAUGACAAAAAAAUAGUGAAGUCCAAGACGCAGCCAAAUGUGAGAGAUUUGUCUGAGUUGGUGUUAGAUGACAUUGACGACGAGCUGCCAGCAUUCCCCAAAAUAUCCAUCAAGAACACGGCAACUGCAGCGAGCAGCCACACAGUCCGUCCAAUGGACCAACACACCGCCUCGGAAUUGAAAUCAAUUCUACUUGGCUCAAGUCUCAAAUGUUUCACCGUCGAAUGGCGAAAUCAGGGCUUCGCGUUCUCCGACACGCAUGACUUGAGAUAUGGAGUGGUGCAGAAAAAGGGUGGUCCUUGUGGGGUUCUAGCUUCCAUCCAAGCUUUCGUUUUAAAGAAACUUCUCUUUGAAAACAUAGACAGUAGUUACACAAGACUUCAGCGUUUAAGGCCAACAAAUGCAACCAGAAGAAAAUGUCUGGUUUUAGCUAUGGCUGAAGUCCUGUGGAGGGCCGGCGACGAGAAACAAGCCACAGUAGCAAUAAACUCGGGAAGAAUGCUUUUCACUCCAAGCGGACAUUACAAAUCUGAAGGAGUGCUUGAAAAGAUCAACUGUUUCACAGUGGACAGCAUUAAAAACCUGCAAUCACUACUGGAGCAAAACAUUGAGCAGUUUGAAACAGGGGAGCUGGGAUGUCUACUGCUGACCAUAUCUGCCGUCCUGUCUCGAUCUAUUGAUAAACUGAAAGAAGAUAUGGACGUGGCCACCACCGCACUCAUUGGUGCUCAUGGCUACUGCACUCAAGAGCUUGUCAACCUUCUGCUGGUGGGACGAGCAGUUUCAAACGUCUUUGACGGCAAUGUGGAGCUGGACUCGGGCAACGGCAACUCUACGCUGCUCAAGGGCAUUAAAUCUCACUGUAAUAUUGGCCUUCUGUCCCUGUUUGAACAUUAUAACAUCUUUAAGGUUGGAGACUUUCUGAAGAACCCCCUUUUCCCCAUUUGGGUUGUGUGCAGUGAAAGCCACUUCAGUGUGCUGUUUGGCCUGCAGGAGGAGCUGUUGACAAAUCAGGACAAAAGUGCAGAGUUCGACCUGUACUAUUAUGACGGCUUGGCCAAUCAGCAGGAAGAGAUCCGCCUCACUGUCUCUGUCGGCAAAUCAGAUUUGAGCUGUCAAGAUGCUGAUUUAAUUCCUCCCCUGGAACUCUGCAUUCGAACAAGGUGGAACGAUGCAUUUGUGAGUUGGAAUGACACAGAGCCAAUUCUAUGAAUCCGUGGGUGAUUUCAUAAUACUUUUCUAAAAUGAUGAAGUAUCAGUACAUUCCUUAUCUAUGUUUUCUCAGCACGCAUUCUAAGUUUGACACGUUGAUGCCUGUACUUUUUCCCUCACUCAAUGCGGAAUGCUGCUGGUUAUGAUUCAUCAUAUGACUGCAUAGCUCAAAUACUUGAUGUGGUUGAUUAGAAGACUCCUUAAAAAACAAUUUUCUUUUUACGCAUUAUUAACAUUCUGGAUACAAAUGCAUAUUCAUAAUCACAUUUUUUAUAUUUAUUAAAAAAGCAUAGUAUAUUGAAAAACAAAUAGAAAUUUUAUUUUGUUCUAUUUUUAUUAGGUUCGGCUGCAGCUUUUAAAUAAUUGAUUUACCACAGAGGCCUUUAGCUCGUCAUCACGCCCAGAUAGUUGUUCAUAUUUUUUAAUCGAGGUGAGAUGCAUUCUACUUCUUAGACUAGUUGGGGAAAAAAAAUCACGUCUUAAUGUUCAAUAUUUUUCAUUUUGUCUUAAUGUACAACUGACCAUAUGUGUUGAAUCAAGGACAGAGAACAAAAGUGAAGUGUUCUAGAAUGAUGAUGUUCUGACCUAUCUUUAUUUUUAUUUCACUCAUCUGGAAUGUAUACUGUAAUAAAAUGAUUUAAUCACA